AUUAUUUUUUCUAAAUUUGAAAAUAAAUGAAAGCACCACUUUCUCUGCUUAUACUCCAAAGCAGGUCCGGGUAUUGGUCCUGGUCCUGGUCCGCGUUUUCUCUCUAUCUCGUUUCCUGUCCUGUUUCCUGCUCCUCUUCUAUAUAACAAAAGCAAGCUACAUCUGAAACCUUUUAUGUUUCUUUUGUUUCUAAAUUUAUUUUUCAACUAGUGAAAGGAAAAUGAAAAGAGAAGAGAUUGUGAAGAAUCGGAAUUUCCUCGCCGAUAAGAGAUGGUUUCUCCCUAUCGCUGUCGCUGGCUUUAUCGCUGGAGCGAUACUAAUCUCGAGCUUCAUAAAAACUACCGAUUAUUCCCUCCUAUGCUCUCUCGCCAACUACAGAUCCCAAGCCGUGGCUGAUUACUCCGCUACGCCGAUCCAACUCCAAGCCAUCAUCCACUACGCUACGUCACGAAUAAUCCCGCAGCAAAACUUCGCCGAGAUCUCCGUAACCUUUGACGUCCUCAAAAAAGUCUCUCCUUGCAACUUCCUGGUCUUCGGGCUCGGCUACGACUCCCUAAUGUGGACUUCCCUUAAUCCACGCGGCACCACCAUAUUCCUCGAGGAGGAUCCCAAAUGGGUGCAGACCGUGCUCAAAGACGCACCAAACCUCCACGCGCACGCCGUAAAGUACCGUACGCAGCUCCAGCAAGCAGACGAUCUGCUCUCCCAUUACCAGUCGGAACCGAGCUGUUCUCCAUCGAAAGCUUACCUACGUGGCAACGAGAAGUGCAAGCUAGCCUUAACGGGGUUUCCGGAUGAGUUUUACGAGACGCAGUGGGAUCUGAUAAUGAUCGAUGCACCGCGGGGAUAUUUCGCGGAGGCACCAGGCAGGAUGGCGGCGAUUUUCUCGGCAGCCGUUAUGGCGAGGAACAGGAAAGGAUCCGGUGUGACGCACGUGUUCUUGCACGAUGUUGAUCGGAGAGUGGAGAAGGUUUUCGCCGAGGAGUUUCUGUGUAGAAAAUACUUGGUGAAAAGUGUCGGUAGGCUUUGGCAUUUCGUGAUUCCAUCCGCUGCUAACAUGAGCAGCUAUGACGUUGCACGAUUUUGCUAAAAUGCGCCGCUCCAGUUCAUUGCUUUUGUUUUGGUUUUUUUUUUUAAUUAUUAAUUUUAGAAAAUUUAUUUUCUGUUUACCUUCUAUUUUAAAAGAAUGAGCGUAUGAGGGUGUAUCGACCCAAUGAAAAUGAUAUAAUAUACCUUGAAAUAAUAUUUUACUGCGGUAGGAUUUUUUUUUCAUUUUAAUUCUACGGGGUAUUUUGAAAAUAAAAUGGUGUGCUCUUUUUACUGAGAUAGGUGGUGGAGGCUGAUUGAUGGCUUCUGUUACUGAAAUAAUAUUGUAAUGUUUGAUACCCUAGUAUUUCGCGCGAUGAAGUGUUGUUGUCUUGUCUGUGCCCACUUUAUUAUUGCAGGCAAUAAAUGUCUCCCAUAUGUUAGUUUGAAUUUUGAAUUUUUAAAAUCUUUUCUUCA